CACCGGAAGUUGCCGCAUUCGCUCCGCGGAAGAUGACCGAGAGAGAAGUUGGAGAAGAAACCGAAGAAUCCCGAAGAGACGCUGAGGAGAUCCGGCGGCUGCAGCUCGUUGCUCAGAUUAAAGUUGUGUUUUGAAGGUAAAAGAGUUCCCGGUUCCGUGAAGAUGGACUCGGCUCCGGUGGAGAUCGACGGCAGCGUGAUGGAGGGAGGCGGACAGAUCCUGAGAGUCUCCGCGGCGCUCAGCUGCAUCACCGGGACCUCCGUGAAGAUCUCCAAGAUCCGAGCCGGUAGGAGCUCCCCGGGGCUCAGACCCCAGCACCUGAGCGGCCUGCAGCUGGUCUCAGAUCUGUGUUCUGGAGGUCUGCAGGGAGCCUCCAUCGGCUCCACCGACAUCAGUCUGACUCCAGGAAAGAUCCAGGGUGGGAACCACACGGCCGACCCCCAGACAGCAGGGAGUGUGUGUCUGCUGCUGCAGGUAGCUCUACCGUGUGCUCUGUACGCUGCCGGUCCGUCCCAGCUCUGUCUGAAGGGAGGAACCAACGCAGAGAUGGCUCCUCAGAUAGACUACACCAUCAAGGUGUUUAAACCAAUCGUGGAGAGGUUCGGCGUCCAUUUUGAUUGUGACGUCAAAAUGAGGGGUUACUACCCUAAAGGCGGGGGGGAGGUGAUGGUGACGGUGAACCCGGUCAAAGAGCUGCAGCCCGUCGUCAUGACGGAGAGAGGAAACAUCACCAAAAUCUACGGCCGCGCCUUCGUCGCCGGCGUCCUGCCGUACAAGUUGGCUAAAGACAUGUCGGCGGCUGCUGUUCGAGUCAUCAGGAAGGAAAUCAAAGAGCUGUACAUCAACAUCUCUAACCUGCAGGAGAAAGAAAAUGCCUGCGGGAGCGGCAACGGCAUCAUAAUCAUCGCUGAGUCGUCAACAGGUUGUGUGUUUGCAGGUUCAGCUCUGGGGAAGAAAGGUGUGUAUGCAGAUAGAAUCGGUGCAGAAGCUGCUGAGAUGUUGCUGAGAAACAUCCGACACAACGGCUGUGUGGACGAGUUCCUGCAGGACCAG